UUGUGCCAUUCUGUCAUGAUUACACUUGUGGCCCCCUGUGCCCGACGCAGUGUUCCCACCAUACCCAGCUGUUCAGUGAGGGGCUAAAGGGCUGGAAUGAGACAACUAGGCCUAGGAAAAAUGCGUUGCUGUGGCAUCUACUGCCAUGGGAGGCGGGGGUAGGGAGAAUGGCGUUGCUAAGGGACAGCUGGUCUAGCAAGAAGAACAGGGUCUCCGGAGUCGGCCGACAGGGCACUGGCGGGUGGCAGGAGCAGGCGGCCCCGUAGGGGCGGGUCCCGGGCCCCUCCGCACGCGCCGGGAAAUAAAGGCUCCGCAGGGCGGGGCGGCGAGGGAGGGGCGGAAGUGACGUCGCGUGGGGCGGGCCCGGCCGCGCACAAUGGGCCAUGGAGUUCCCGUUCGAUGUGGACGCGCUGCUCCCGGAGCGGAUCACGGUGCUGGACCAGCACCUGCGGCCCCCGGCCCGCCGACCCGGAACCACAACGCCGGCCCGUGUUGAUUUGCAGCAGCAAAUUAUGACCAUUGUAGAUGAAUUGGGCAAGGCUUCUGCCAAGGCCCAGCAUCUUCCUGCUCCCAUCACCAGUGCAUCGAGGAUGCAGAGUAACCGCCAUGUUAUGUAUGUGCUCAAAGACACUUCAGCUCGACCGGCUGGAAAAGGAGCCAUUAUUGGCUUCCUCAAAGUUGGAUAUAAGAAACUCUUUGUAUUGGAUGAUCGUGAGGCUCACAAUGAAGUAGAACCACUUUGCAUCCUGGACUUUUACAUCCAUGAGUCCGUUCAACGCCAUGGCCAUGGGCGAGAACUCUUCCAGUAUAUGUUGCAGAAGGAGCGAGUUGAACCACACCAACUGGCCAUUGACCGACCCUCACAGAAGCUGCUGAAGUUCCUGAAUAAACACUACAACUUGGAGACCACAGUCCCACAGGUGAACAACUUUGUGAUCUUCGAAGGCUUCUUUGCCCAUCAGCAUCGGCCCCCUGCUCCCUCUCUGAGGGCAACUCGACACUCUCGUGCUGCUGCAGUCGAUCCUACGCCCGCUGCUCCAGCAAGGAAGCUGCCACCCAAGAGAGCAGAGGGAGACAUUAAGCCAUACUCCUCUAGUGACCGAGAAUUUCUCAAGGUAGCUGUGGAGCCUCCUUGGCCCCUAAACAGGGCUCCUCGCCGUGCUACACCUCCAGCCCACCCACCCCCCCGCUCCAGCAGCCUGGGAAACUCGCCAGAACGGGGUCCCCUCCGUCCCUUUGUACCAGAGCAGGAGCUGCUGCGUUCCCUGCGCCUCUGCCCCCCACACCCUACCGCCCGCCUUCUGCUGGCUACCGACCCUGGGGGCAGCCCAGCCCAACGUCGCCGCACCAGGGGGACUCCCCCAGGGCUGGUAGCCCAAAGCUGCUGCUACAGCCGCCAUGGGGGGUUGAAUUCCUCAUCCCCCAACACAGGUACGUAUUCAUCCCUCCUUACCCACUCAAAUCAAGUAGGCCAUAUUCACUACCUGCUCCGGCUUUCCUAUCACAUGCCUGGUGUUUCCACAGGCAACCAAGAAUCGAAGCAGGGGGAACAGGAAACAGAGACUAGGUCUGCCAAUGAAGAGCAGGUUUUCUCACAGGAUGGGUCUGGGGAGGAACCCAUGCACACAGUUCCGCCACAGGCCCAGGCCCCACCAGCCCAGUCCUGGACAAUGGGUGGGGACGUGUUCAACGCCAGGUUCAUUCGAAACUUGCAGGAACGUCGCAGCACUAGGCCUUGGUGACCGCAGCCCCCUCUCACACCUUCAAAGUCAGUAUUAUUUCUAUCGCUACAGGAGACAGCCAAAGCCCCCUCUCAUAAUGGAUGUAUUCAUUCAUUCAUUCAACAGGCUUUCUUAUCAGCGCCAAAUCAUUUGUAUCUUAUUUUUAACCAGAA